AUGGGUGUUGCACGUGAGCCUGGUCAAGGUGUUAGCUGGUCGAACAUUGCAGUUGGUGCAACGAUGAAUAUGGUCAGUGUCAAGGACCCGCUCGAUACUCAACAUACUGACUUGCGACUACCUCAUCAUUAUCUACGUGCCGAAUACUUUUAG